AUGAACCCAUUUCUGGAAGGUGUCAUACAGGAAUUCAAAGCAAAAGUCACUCUGGAUCCAGAGACGGCUCACCCCCAGCUCAUCCUGUCUGAGGAUCGCCUGAGUGUGACCUGCGGAGAUAGGUGUGCAGAGGUGUCUGACAACCCGAAGAGAUUCAACCAGCUCACGGUGGUGCUGGGGAAAGAGGUGUUCACAGAAGGCCGAUAUAGUUGGGAAGUUACCGUGGGGAAUGGAGAAGAAUGGGCUCUGGGGGUGGCCCGGAAAUCUGUGAGGAGAAAGGGCAUGUUCAACUUCACUCCCCAGGAAGGGGUCUGGGCUAUGGGGAAGUGGAGGGGUCAGUACAGGGCCCUCAGUGACAAUCUUUAUCACCUGCACCCCAACGGCGAGCUCAAAAGGAUCCGAGUGACUCUGAACUAUACUGGGCAGCGAGUGGCCUUUUUCGAUGUCGACAGAGGAAACGCCCUCCUUGCCUUUUCAGGAGGUUCCUUCUCUGGAGAAGCCCUUCUCCCCUUCUUCUGGCUGCAGGAAAGAGCCCAUCUCACGCUCUCUCCGUAG